UUUUUUUCCCCGUCCUUUUAUCCGCAGGCGGUCGCUGAUCAGCGGUGUGGACAGAAAUACUAGCUGCGGCCACGAGGUCGAGAGAAACGGGGGAGGGACGAGGGAGAGUCCAGCGGCGCGUUAGUGCGCGGCACGUUUGUUGGAACGUACUGGGUCACCGCUUCAAAAAGGCCUGGGGGAGGCGCUGCUUUGAGUCGGCGAUGUGGAGCACGUGGCUGCCCGCUCUCCUUCUGCUCCUCAGCACGUUUCCCCAGCCCAGCCUGCAGAAUCUGCGGUGCCUUAAUGACCUCAUCAACAACAUCACCUGUGUGUGGAACAGCACGGCACGAAAACCCGACACAGCGUGCACCCUACACGGAUUCUACCAACGUCAACAUAAAGAAUGCGACCUGAUGCCCUUCGUUGACCAUGACCAAAACUUGCUGAGAUGCAGCCUUUUCUUUCCAAAUGUGGAGUUUGGUUCUUUCACACGUCUCUCAAUAAGAGUCACGUGUGGGAGCUCAAGCCGUCCCGCUGCACACAUCGAAAAUUAUAUACCAUCACUGCACAUUAAAAUGCACCCCCCUGCUCUUCACACCUUCACCAAUGCCACUAUCGCAUGGUCUCCUGGAUUCCCUCUCUCAGAAUAUAUCUUCAGUUACUACUUCCAACUUCAAUUCAAGCGGUCAGACCAGAUCUGGGAGAAUGCAGAGUCUGUCAACGUGAGAGACAUGCGGACCUCAGUGGAGAUCUCCGAGGAGAAACUGGAGAAGGGGGUCGUGUAUGACUUCAGGGUUCGGGCUCUGGUUGAUCGUGAGAGAUUUAGUGGGGAAUGGAGUGACUGGAGCCCCGUGUCCUCCUGGAGGUCUACAGCUGGGGUGUCCCCAACGGAGCCCCCAGCUCUGGUGGGAUUGAAGUAUGGUAUCCCUGUUGUGGUACUGUCGUGUCUCAUCCUCUUCUUCAUCAUCAAAGUGAAACGGUCCAUCUGGUGAGCACUAGGGAUUAUGACUGGGCUUGUUGCAUGAAUGCAUGGGGACACAGGGAGGACAGCCAGUGGGAAACAGGGUGCUGGUCUCAGUAGAUGGUUUGGUUCAAACUACAAAAAAAACUGUUACCUGCUGAGGUAGAUAGAAAGACAAAAGGUAAAGAGGCGGGCCAGAGACCUAAAGAAACAGGAUCACGUCUACAUGUAAUAAAGUAAACAUGUGCUUGUCAAGAUGACUGGCCAGUUAACAGAUUGUUCAGUAUAAAUGCUGUAUGUUUAUAUUUCCUACCUUUCCAGAUGAGUGAGAUGGGAGCAUCAUUUUUCAUUCUCUUGUUAAUGUGUUUCAUAGGGCUCACAAGUUCACGCAUGUUCCUGAUCCCUCAACCUUCUUCACAGGACUGAA